CUUUGCUGCAGCAGCAUCAAGACACGGAUCACGCCUCUUGAGUUUUGUACCGCUACGGAUAGAUACUACAGUCAAUAAGCUUUACAAAGUCAUUCACUGAGACCAAGAUGCCGGUCGUCAGACUCCUGUCGAAGUCUGAGUGUGAGGGGUUCGAUCCCGAGGUGGCGGAAUGUUUUGCUCCAACAGAACCAAUAGAAUUCCAUGAUUCGGCUCCAAAGUUUGCCACAAUCAAGCCAACUCCCAUCCGCCCCGAGCCACCAUUCCAGUGGGACUGUGUUAAGGAGGACAAACAAGCCAAGGAGCACGAGCUCCACGUGCAGCUAAUGGCUGUCCUGGCCGAGGUGAACACUCUCCGCGCUGACCUCCGAGAUGCUGGACUCCGUUCUCAGUCUCUGGACCUGAAGAACCUUCAUCUUCAGAUGCAAGUCAGACAACUCUGGGACCAGAAAGUCUCCCUCAGGAAGCAGGUGCAUCGCUUGGUGAAGGAGGUGGACAUGGUGAAGGGACAGCGUGGGCACGGGGGAGAGGGUGAAGGAUUUGUCCACAACGACAGGAACACAUUCAUGUCUCUAGAAAAGGACAAUGUGUCAGCCAGACACCUCAGUGACCUCGCUCUAAGUGAUCUGUCCUCUACAGCUGAUGUGUCGCCAACAACAAACAACUCCUCAGAACUCUGCAACGAGGGACACCAUGCAGUCAAAUCUUUAUCUGUGUUUGGUCGAAUUAGGAAAUUGUUCAGAAGAAGGAAAUCAUAAUUCUAUAUUCACAUAUAAUUCAAAAUUGUAUAUAUCGAACUGAUUAACUGAUUAAAACUGAUAAG